CUUUGGCUGUGCAUCAUUUAAUGUUCUCAGUAUUGGUUUUUGCUAUUAUCUUGAUGAAAACCUAAGUGACUGAAAGAAGGCUUAUUGGACUUUAAAUCAUCUUGGGCCCCUUUCUUGUGUAUGAAGCCCAGGAUGGAUGCAGUGACAAUCAAUAAUAACCAGAGCCUUGGACAAGUUGUGACGGAGUUCAUUCUGUUAGGGUUUCCUCAGGUCCAGGUGUUAGAAAUUUUCCUUUUUGCAAUCAUCUCUAUUAUUUUCACUCUCACUCUCUUGGGCAAUCUGAUUAUCAUCAGUGUUGUAGUAACUGAUGUUCAUCUUCAUACACCCAUGUACUUUUUUCUGGGAAAUCUUUCCCUUCUGGAAAUAUUCUUCACCUCAGCCAUUGUGCCCAAGAUGUUGACUAACUUGUUGGCUAAGAAGAAGACCAUCUCAUUUUCAGCUUGCAUUGCUCAGUGUCACUUCUAUUUCUUCCUGGGGUCCACUGAGUUACUUCUUCUCAGUGUGAUGUCCAUUGACCGCUAUGUUGCAAUCUGUAACCCACUGCGCUAUCCCACCAUAAUGAACAGUCAUGUCUGCAUCUCUCUGGUGGUUAGUUGCUGGGCGGGCGGCUUUUUGCAUAUCCUGUGGCCAACAGUAGUGAUAUCCCAGCUCCCUUUCUGUGGCCCAAAUGUAAUCAAUCACUUCUUUUGUGACAGCACCUCACUCUUGAAGCUUUCUUGCUCUGACACACAGCUCAUUGAACUUGUUGACGUGCUUCUUGCUUCCUUUAUGCUUGUGGGCACUCUAUUGCUCAUCACAGUAUCUUACAUCUACAUUAUCUCCACUGUGCUUAGGAUCCCAUCAGCCACUGGGAGGCGCAAGGCCUUUUCUACCUGUGCCUCACAUAUCACGGUGGUGACAAUCUAUUAUGGCAGUUCCAUUUUUAUGUAUGCUCAGCCAGCCCAGAGCUCCUCUCUGGAGUUCAACAAAGUGGUGGCCAUUCUGACAGCUGUUGUGACACCACUUCUAAAUCCCCUUAUUUACAGCCUGAGAAAUGAAAAAGUAUUGGAUGCCCUGAAAGGAAUGAUGAAGAGGAAGCAUGCUUCCCAGAGAAGCAGAGAAUUUUUGAUACGAUUUCUUAUCUUCCAUGCAAAUCCACCUUAAUCAAUACGAGGUUUGUCAUGGAUUCUACGAAUUAGCUGCUGUAUGUGGAAGAGACAUGAUCUCCAUGAUGAACCAGACACUGUUAAUGCUUGGGCUUUGUUUUAAUCUCCUUUUUUCUGAUGAGAUGUCGAUAGAGCCAAUGAAUAUCAAAGGCGAAUUACUGUAAUACUUGAAGCCUAAGCUAAAAGUUCAAGAUAACUAUUUUUUGUUGAAUCGUAACAACAAACCUGUAUUGAAUAUUAAAAUAAGUUCAGUUGCUGGAAAACAAACAAACAGUUAAAUUUAAAUUAAACAAUUAGCCUUCUGUGAUUUUUUUUUCAUUUUUAAAUUGUAAAAUUUAAACUUGUUUGAAUUUUGUUUUUACAUGUACUUUUAGAUAUGUUUUAUAUUGUUUUAUUAUGUUGUU